AUGAAGGUGCGGAUUCACUUUGGCGCGAAUUCCCUCUUUUCGGACGCGGAGGAUGUGGAGAGUCUUGCCCACUGCAUGGUACGCCUCGUGCAGCUCGAAUUGCCGCAUCAGUUUUCAAAGUUUGUUAUCCCGCACGACGACGCCACCGCGCCCCUCGUGACGGCACACGGAAGUGCGGAGCGUCUAACACUCGCGCGCCAGCUGCUGGAAGGAGAACCACUGCAGCAUGAGGGCCAGGCAAACUCCAGCCAGGUGGAAUCCAGAGAGCUACUGUUUCAACUGAUACUGGAGGCGCAGACAAAGGCGUUUGGUCCACUUUUGGUCAGUAACCGGGGACAGUGGGAGUGGACAAGAGAGGUUCUGCGGCGGGAGGUACAACCAGUUGCUGCCGGUAUGCAGGGCGUCUCUUCCGACGGUGCUGCCGCGGAUGAUGGGAGCGCCAAGCGUAGUGGGGAAGAUGCGAAGGCAAGCGAGGAGGGUGUCCCGUUGGAGGUGCUCCUUUUGUACCGCUGCCCCGAACGCAAGUUCCUGCGGGUUUGUAGACGUGACAUGUUUGCCGCGGCACCGGUGCUACAGCACAUGCAGUGCGGCGUGAGGGCUAUCAGUGUGUUGGAUACCCGUGGCAGGAAGAUGGGGGAGAUCCGUUUUGAUUUCACUCACCCGCCGCCGCUGCAGCGGCUCAAGCGCUCUCUGCAGAAACUUCUCUGCUGGCCGUACCUCAUUGACGUUUCGUACCGUGUUGCAGAGGAGGAGGAGCGCUUGCCUGUCAACACCGACGCCGACGUCACCAACUUCGUCCACAGCGCACAACACUUUGGUUACCAAAACAUUCGCCUCAUUGUGGCUUUGCCGACCAGCUCGUGUUUGCCUCCUAGCCUUAACGGGGCGGCGGCUUCUCCCACGAGUGACCCGCACCAGAGAGUGUCGCACGGCAAUGCAUCGUCACAAACAACGGCGGCCACCUCACCAUCCCCGUCACCGCCUGCUUCAGGUGAUGCUCCCUCCGUGUGGAACAAAAGGGAAGAAACAAGAAAAAUGGUUGCCUCGUAUGUGCAUCUGAUGCAAGGGUUGCGCUGUGGUGCCGCCGGCCUGCGAAUAGCACCGCAAAGGAAGCCAGUGACGGGCCCCGUUUGCGGCGUCAGCGUGGUCGUUCCUGCGGCAAAUGUGGUGGAUGCGGUAGACGCCGAGGCUGUGGCCGCCAAAGCAACGUCGACAACCACGUCGCCAACGGCGCCGCUCCCUCUUAGUGAGGUGACGCUGGCCGAUGGCGGCGAGGGUGCGACGGGGGCUAGGCGACACAGUGGCGGGUUUCUCGUUGUACGCUACGACCUUGACCCGCUGGAGGUGCAUGUGACGGGGCCGAUCACCGAAGUGGAGCUUGAGUGCCUUGCCGACGCCGUUAUUGCCCGCUGUGCGGGGUUCAGUAUGAGUGGCGAGGGGAAUGGCUCCAGCUGUUCUGACGACGCCGCUGCUGCUGCGAAAGAAACGUUCCGGAGGGUAUCGGAUUCCAGGUACACUUUGCGACUACACAAAUACGGUUCACCCAACGAUGCGCAGGUGGCGGAGCUUGAGGCGUGCCUCGUGGACGUUAUCAGGGGUUUCGGCUGCCUGCAAGUCACUGAGACAAGGGAGGAGGUUCUCAGGUGCGUCUAG